CAUCAAGUCACCCAACUCUGUUGAGAUCGAUGGCCAAGCCUCUGCAUGAGAUUGGAUAGGCAAUGCUGACAAUACCUUGCUCCUUCCGAAGAAUCUUUUCUGCUCUAUGUGCGAAUUAGCCGCUCUGUAGAACCACCGACCGCCAAGGGCUUUAACCGAGCUAUAUGUUCGGCAUGGCAAUUCAUCUAGAGUCUCUUUGUUUCGUGUCGAGUGACACAAUGCAAACAGAUCUAAAACAUAGCAAGUUGGAAUCAAAAGAUGCUGCAUCGAAACCGCCUUUUUUGCUCGCAUGGCGUUCGUCUUCAUUCUUCAUUGUUUUGACUGUGUGCUUGGCUAUCUUUACAGAUAUUUUUUACUACGCUCUCAUAAUUCCUGUCAUUCCGUUCUCUCUCACAGUUCAAAUCGGUAUUCCUGAGGAUAAAGUCCAGCAUUGGACAAGCAUAUUAUUGGCAUGCUACAGUUUAGCUCUUUUCUUGGGAAGCCCCGUUGCUGGAUUCUACGCAGACCACACAUCAUCGAGAAGACGGCCCCUGCUCAUUGGUCUCCUCGCGCUGGCCGGGUCGACGCUGUUACUAUGCUUCGGUAAAACAAUUGCCUUGUUAGUCGUGGAGAGAAUUUUGCAGGGGUUCAGUGCAUCUAUUGUCUGGAGCGUAGGCUGCGCGUUGCUCGUUGACACCAUGGCUACGGCCGUGGGUGUCGCAAUGGGAUAUACGAAUAUUGCCAUGAGCGUAGGGCUACUCAUAGCUCCGGCUCUAGGAGGGGCUGUCUAUGAUUCUGCGGGAUAUUAUGCUGUUUAUUACAUCGCAUUUGGUAUCGUUGCCGUGGAUAUCUUGUUGCGGCUCGGCAUGAUCGAGAAGAAGGCCGCGAAGCAGUGGAUACCGGGAGCAAGCCAACAAAACACCGUCAACGACGUCGAGAAUACAGCUACGGCUGUGAGCAGUGUCGAUGCGGAUGUCCCGCGCAAUCACAACGACGCCGGAGGUACUCAGUCGGCUACCGAAAUCAACGGUCGACAAGAAGUCGAAACGAGAACCUCGCCAACGCCAGAGGGCCAAUCAAAACACGGGGUAGCGGGACCCGUCAUCAUACUCAUCAAAUCCCCAAGAUUGCUCGCAGCCCUCUACUGUCUCGUCGUAGAAGGGAGCACCAUGAUGGGUUUCGAUGCCGUCUUGGCCCUAUUCGUCAAGUCUACCUUCGCCUGGAACUCAACCGCCGCCGGCGUGCUAUUUCUAGCCCUCUUCCUGCCGGGCUUCGUCUCACCCGUGGCAGGCUGGCUCGCUGACCGCUUCGGCCCCAAAUGGCCCUCACUAGCAGGGUUCGUAGUCACCGUUCCAAUACUAGUGUGCUUGCGAUUUGUGAAUGAGAACACUGUCGGCGAUAAGGUGCUCCUUGCUGCUUUGCUCGCGAUCCUCGGGGUUGCGCUGUCGUUUUCCAACACGCCGCUAAUGGCGGAGAUCAGCUACUCUAUUGAAGAGAAAGAAACUCAGAACCCAGGUGUCUUCGGCGAGAAGGGCGUCUAUGGUAUCGGUUAUGGGCUCUUUACUAUGGCUUUUGCGCUCGGUGGAGUGAUUGGGCCGCUCUGGGCUGGAUAUGUCAAUGCUGAGGCGGGCUGGGGGACGAUGGCGUGGAGUUUUGCGGUGUGGUCUGCGUCUGGGGCUGUUGUUGUAUAUCUUUGGCUCGGCGGGACAAUGAAAUUUCGUGAAUCGAAAUUAGAAUCCGGGGGGAUCGAUUCGAGAAGAGGCUUGGAACUGAUGAUAGAUGGGCGGGCUGAAGAGCAUUAGCAUUCAAUUCAUCUAAGUCAACUUCGCAGCUACCCUUUUAGGGGAAGGAGGUAGAUACAACCGCUAUGAGCAUUAACUAAGAUAUUGCGGAAGGUACAUCAAGUUUUGUUUUGCAGCAAGUAGAAAUCUUUGGCCAAAUCUGCUGAUUCCAAAC